AUGGGCUUGGAAGAGCCGGUAGGCCUUAAUGUUGUCUUUCUGAAGACCCACAAAACAGGCGGCAGCACGGUGCAGAACAUCCUCUUCCGGGCUGGGGAGCGGCGGAACCUGACCGUGGCCUUUCCACUCUAUUCCUACCAGUUUGCCUACCCAGAGGCCUUCUCCAGGACGUUUGUGGAGGACCUCCCCACCGGGGCCACCCAUUUCAACCUGCUCUGCAGCCAUAUGCGGCUGGCGGUUGGCGAAGUCCAGGCAGUCAUGCCGCCACACAGCAUCUUCCUCACGAUCCUGCGCCACCCCGUUCAAACGUUCGAGUCCGUCUUCUACUACUACCUCAACGUCGUGCCUGCCUUCCAGAUGCUGGCCAACCACUCCAGACCGCUGAUGGCUUUCUUGGAGGAGUCGGCUCGCUACUACGAUGCCAGGGAUGCCAGCAAUGGGCUGGCCAAAAACCCCAUGGCCUUUGACCUAGGCCUGAACACCAGUCAGGAAGAAGCGCCGAGCGGCCGGUGGCUGGGAGAGCUGGAAAGGCUGAAUCGGACUUUUCAACUGGUGAUGAUCGCGGAGCACUUUGACGAGUCGCUCCUCCUGGCGAGGGAGCUGCUGGGGCUGGACAUGGAAGAGCUGGUGUACGUCAGGCUCAACGUGCGCCACAAAGAGGGCGAGUCUCUGCCCAAGGCGCUGGUGCAGAAGAUCCAGGCCUGGAACUGGUUGGACAUGCAGAUCUACAGGUUUUUCCAGGGCGUUUUCUGGCACAAGGUGGAGCGCUAUGGCUACAUGCGCAUGAAGAGGGAGUUGGACGCCUUCCAUGCGCUGCUCAGGGAGACGGGGGCCAGGUGCCUGUCGGGGGAGCCUGUAGGACCUGAGCGCAUGACCGAUGAGCUGCGGCCUUGGCAGCCGGGCAGUGUCACCAUUCUGGGCUACAGCCUCAAACAGAACCUCACCUAUGCCCAGUACAACGGCUGCUUCCGUAUCAUCCUGCCUGAGCUCCAGUAUCACACUUACCUCUAUUACAGGCAAUAUGGGAGGGACAUGCGCCCUUAG